AUGUUUUCGCUUUUGGGCGGGGUCUUUUUCACCCUGCUGAUGGUGGCAACAGACAUUGCGCGUGCGAAUCCAUACCCGUACGGCUUCACCGACAUGUCCAUCCUUCAGUCGUGCUGUACGACUCUUCGGAUGAGCCGACCUGUCGAGGUCUCGUGGCAGCUCACGAUUGUUGGGUUGCAGAAUGCUUCAAACAGUCAGGCGGUGGUCACGCUGCCUUUGACGCUCUCAUCGAAUCUGAUCGACCUGGAAUCGCCUGGGCGGAAUGCAGCAACUGUCAACCCUGCUCUCGACCAGUGCCAUAUCGGACUGGACCGCGUCACUCUUUCUGACGAGCUGAACAAAAAUGGAAAGGUGACGACUGCCAUUGGUGUCCAGAAAGUACUUCGGAACCAGCAUCUUGCAAACCGAUCCGCCCUUUCGAGCACCAUGAAGUCCUCCAACCUCUGUGCACUUCUUGUGGCUAUGACCGCGCUUCCAUGCAGCAAGUCGAUCAGCAUUUUGCCGAGGGACGGGUACCCUGAUGGAUUCACUGCCAAGUCAAUACUCAUAUCGACCGCCUCCGCCAACAAUCAGGACUGUGUGGGCGAUCGCGCUUACAGUUGUUGGACCUACACAUGCUUCGAAAAGUCUGGCGCUCGCUCGCAAAUCAGUGAUUUGCAGGCAUCCGGUGCCGGUUCGUGGGCAGAGUGCAGCAGCCCCACCGAUGACUGGACACGGACUGUGCAGCAGUCUUUGGGAUUUCCCAAGAUCAGAGAUAAUUGA